AUGGCGGAACUUGCGUUAGGGGUCGUGUCACUGACCUUUCAGGUUGUCUCGCUAGUCAACUCUGUCAUUGAUAGCUUUGAUCGCAUCCAGAAUGCCCCACAGGAGCUGCGAGACUUUCGCCAGGGCGUCGUGCGUCUGCAGCGGCACUUUGAGUUCCUCGGCGCAGACGUGUCCGGCGUGCCGGAUCUUGGCUUCCUACACGUCGACGAUGCCACGGCUAUCGAGGAGACACUCACCCUGUGCAAGGACCUUUUGCAGCAGCAGGUCAACCGCCAGGAGGGUAUGGUGACCAAGGUUGUCCGUGGUGUCUGGACCCUUCGGAACAGUCAGAAGCUCGUCAAAUACAAGAACCAGAUAAACGAUCACUAUACGCAGAUAAUACUACCUAGCUGGCUGCGAUGGAUAAGUGCGAGGAACUACUACCAACCACCGCAACAAGAGUACUUUGAUCCGACUGUGGAGGUGGAACCGGACGAUCACAGCUCCCUGGUCUCUGCGCAGCAGUUGCAGAGCAUGUCUCAGAGUCUUGAUGAGCUUAGAGCCGCCUACAGCAGGGAAGAGAUUGAACACCGACUGUUUGAGAUUGACAACCAAGUACGGGCAUGGAGGGUUGAACUUGGUCUUGACGAUGGGGCAGAAGACGAUGAUUAUCUAUUUCCACGACGCCCAUCAACCUUGAGUUACGAGUAUGCACCUACCACUCUAUACUUGGAAAGUGCUCCCCCACAACACCGAAAAAUCCGACUAGAAAGACUCCAUAUCAUGGCUCGAGACGACGAGUCCCGCAUCCUCCAGUACCAGGACCACGACGCGACCAUACACGUCACGCACAUCGUGCCCUUUGGGUCUAUCCCCUGGACGCCAGAACUAUCCUCGAAGCGAGUUUCCUUCCUCAAAGACCACCUCAUCACCGUCGUUGAUAGUGAAGGUUAUCAUCUCUACCGAUUACAUCCCAAGUACAAGUUUCACGAUCAAGAUGCUUGCGAGAAAUUUCAGUCAACGCUGAGAGAGAGAGACUUUUGCGGGGCGUAUGAACCCGUCGAGAUCAAGAUGGGUAGUCGUACCGUGGCUCGAAGACAGUUGAUACGGUUCUGGCACAGAUCGGCACAACAGAAUGUGCCAACGACGAAUACAAUGACCUUUUAUAAGUCGUCUGGCAGCCGAACAGGAAGUCAUGAGGAGCUCAACUUGGCGGAUUUUGAGCCUAUCAAUAUGCUUCCACGACGCCGCAGUCUCUCUGGUUUCGGAAAGAAGCCCGCAGAGUCCAGCUCAGUGGACAUAUACCCCUAUAACCCAAACUCGAAGUGCCUAAAUAUCAAGUUUGAAACUCCCGAAGAGAGGAACAUAUCCUCCCCCUCCCUCGAUAAGGAGCGAAUCCAGAAAUACAGGGUCAUCUUUGGCCCCUACUCCAUCUCUUACAACCUCCCUAACUAG